GUCAUCAUCUGGGUAAAAGUCUUCGACGAGAAAAGCUAUCUGGGGGAUCAUUUGGGCGCUUGACCGCAAGCAAAAAGCCACAGCAUUUUUCGGCGAAAGGCCGUAAAAUCGCUCAACCAGAGAGCCCCAUAAACUAUCGAAUGGCCCGUAGAAUUUGGUCUACAAAGAUCUCAAGACGCUUACCUCCUCACAGUUCGAUUCUUGACGGCGUGCGGAGUGCGUGUGUGAAGUGUGUUGCCCGGCCAAAGGAUCCACAAGUGAAAUCAAGUCCAGAAUGUGGCAGCGACAGGUGUUGGUGCUCGGUAUUUACGGGCUCAUAACAAUGAAGGUGGCAAGGAGCGAUGCCAGCCGGUUUAAUGGCGCCACUUCCGCCGGCAACCAAGGCCCGCAACUGAAGCUGGAGAUGAAUGCAUGGCAGCCUUUCACCCAGCACAACAAUUGGCUCAUCCUCCAGGCAACAGCGCCCAGUUCCAGGGAGCCGGAGCGGGAGGAGAUCCGGGAAAGGCGAAAGCCAGAGCCGGAACGACUUCCUGUCAAUUUCUACGCCUACAACCACCGCUACAACGAGAGCUCCACACCGCCAGGCGGAAAUUACAAACCGAUUCCUCCCAGCGAUCCAGCCAGCUAUGUUUUGGCCAUCAGCCAGCAGAUGCGACGGGGCCAACUCCUACGCCAGCUGCCAAAUGCGGAGGAUGCCGAGCCGGAAGUUCAUAAGGUGGCUGCGACUCUAACUCACCCGGUUAAUGGUGAUGAUGAUGAUGACGACGAUGAAGUCGAUGAAAACGAAAUCCUUCCUAUGGAAGCAAAAGAACGAGAGUCGCUCCGGGGUAUCGAGUCCUACUUGGUGCCCUUUGAACGGGCUCUGGUUAAAGUGCGUAACUUCUGCGAUGCCCUGAGGACCGUGAUAAGCGACGAGGCAGAUGACGCCGGUUCAAAUAAAUUGGAUGCCACCGCAAGCGAGUCAGCAGAAGCCGCAGAAUCAUCAGGUGCAACAUCAAAGGAGCUCUUGGCUCAAGGUCGCGCCCAGCCCCUUUCCUCGGAAUCCGAAGGCCGCAAGCUCAAGAAGCUGAAGAAGAAGGUCCAGAAGCUGCUCUUUCCCCUGCUGAUUGCCUAUAAGCUCAAGUUCCUCACCCUCAUCCCUGUGUUAAUCGGCGGACUCACGCUGCUCGUUGGCACCACGGGUCUGGCCGGCUUCUUCUUCGCUCUCUUUACGGCCGUAAUGAGUCUGAAGACCUCCGCGGGUGGCGUCCAUGCCAGCAAGUCGCUCGUCUUGAAGAAACUCUGAGAAGCGCGGAUUGGAAACACAUUUAGAUUAGCCGGUCGACUAAAGUUGGCCAACUGUUCAGUCAGCCGGCAUUGAUUUGUCUGCUUGCUGGCUAUAAACAAAAGUUCAGAUUUUCAGCGAUAACACAAACGACGCCCUCAAGUCAAAUGAAGUUUGUACAUAACAGCUUAGUCUCCCAAAAAAACUAUAAACGAAUUUAAAGUGGUUAAAUUGCGAAGUCGAAUAUUAAAUACCCCGUUUACUGAUGGUGAAAUGUGUUGUAAGAUAUAUCCGUGUGUUAGGUUGAUUCAUAUUACCGUACAAAAUUGUAUUAAAGCAUUUACUAAGAAUUUAGUUCAACCUAUUUUAUCAAAGAUAAUCUUAACUUAUGUAUGUAUGUAUUUAUUAAUUCACUUCAAGAUUUUACAAUUUGUAAUACCUAUUCUUGUGGUUUAUUAACUUUACAUUAACUUAAUUUGUUAUUACUUACAAUGUUGAGCUAAAUUUAUUUCAAAUACUAAAGUGUUCUCUUUUUUUAGAUUUUAUGAACUUCUUUUCCGGUAAGGGCUCUUAGAUUUUAAGUAUUUAUUUUAGAUAUGAAAUUUAAGUUUUCUAAGUAUACUUGUAUCCCAACUUACCGAAGAAUUUAUCAAAUUUCUUUACAGAUUUUAG